ACACCAUAAAGUUUUUGCCUUCGUAUUUUUCAAAGAACAUGAUAAAACGUAAAAUCUCAGUUUCUGGUGGAAUCUCAUCGAUGACGAUGAUGAUCAGAAAAGUAAAAAGAUAUUGCAGAGAAAAUUUGUUGUUCUCAGAAAUCUGAAUUUUCUCAGUGUCCAAACACCUUUUCCAUUCUUCUUCAAAAAUUUUCAUUCUACGGGAAAAUUCCCUUUCAGGCGCUACGAUUGCAGAGAAGCAUCGAUUUCAGGCGGUGGAUUAUCUGCAUUUGAUUAUUGCGGGGAAUUGAAACGACGCGGGCGAGAGAUCGAGUGGAUUCUCGAGGAAGAUGAAGUUCUGCAAAAAGUAUGAGGAAUAUUUGCGAGGUCAGGAGAAGAAACUGAAGCUACCUGGAUUUCAGUUCAAACGGCUCAAGAAGAUCUUGAAGAAGUGCAGCAGAGAUUUUCACUCCCGAGACCACCACGUCGACGGCGCCGCCGUCGCCGUUCAGAGCUGUCCGGAUCAUUGUUCAGUGUGCGAUGGGACUUUCUUCCCCUUCCUUCUCAAGGAAAUGUCUGCAAUAGUGGGCUGUUUUAAUCAGCGAGCACAGAAAUUGCUUGAGCUGCAUCUCGCUUCUGGCUUUAGAAAGUAUCUUUUAUGGUUCAAAGGCAAACUGCAACCCGACCAUGCUGUCUUAGUCCAAGAAGGGAAGGAACUGGUUAGUUAUGCAUUGAUGAACGCCAUUGCUGUUAGGAAGAUCCUGAAGAAAUAUGAUAAGAUUCAUUACUCCAAGCAAGGUCAAACCUUCAAGUCACAAGCUCAAAGUAAGCACGUUGAGAUCCUACAGUCACCAUGGUUAUCAGAGCUUAUAGCAUUCCACAUUAACCUGAAGGAGACACAGCACAAAUCUAAGAGGAUCUCUUCCGUAUUCGAGGAGUGUUCCCUUGCAUUUACCGACGGAAAGCCAUCGCUUACUUGCGAGCUCUUUGAUUCAGUCAAACUUGACAUUGACUUGACAUGUUCCAUAUGCUUGGAUAUAUUGUUUGAUCCCGUUUCACUCACUUGCGGCCAUAUAUUUUGCUACAUGUGUGCUUGCGCAGCAGCUUCAGUAACCAUAAUCGAUGGGCUAAAGUCUGCAAAUCCAAAAGAAAAAUGUCCACUCUGCCGCGAGUCAAGAGUUUAUGAAGAUGCUGUACAUUUGGAAGAGCUCAGUAUUCUAUUAAGUCGAAGCUGCCCUGAAUACUGGGACAAACGUCUUCAGACAGAGAGAGCAGAGAGGGUUCAGCAAGCAAAGGAGCACUGGGAAUCCUUGUCUCGAGCAUUCAUGGGAGUGUAGUUACUUACCCUUACCAUGAUUAAAUUUGUUUUUCAAAUUUKAMUGUUGGUGCUAAAUUGAUGGUUUCUGCUUCAAUCUGUUCCGUAUGAGCACUGUAAAUAUUAUUUGUUAUCAAAAUUUACAGCCGCUGUUAAAAUAACUUGGCAGGAGGCGACGAGUCCCUUUGGCAGAAUUUAAGUUUGGUUAAAGCUUGUUUGUUGUGAACUCAGGUUUCAAUAAAUCAUAUUCUUUUUUUCAUUUUGCUGUAA